UGGAGGACGCUGCAGUCAGAUGCACUGCGGUAAAAAGAACGCCAGACAGGGAGCGAGAAGUGUGUAUUAUUCACAAUGCAAGCCCGGGAUAAACAUCUCUUCUAGGCCUACAUGUCCAGGGUCAUUUGAUGGGUGGAAUAAUUUUUGCAACUCAAAAGAACUUCGCUUCAUUAAAUAAUUUGUUGAUCCAUCAGAAGGAAAGGAUAGCCUACAUUUUCCCCCAGAGAAAGGACAAAUCGGCAUAAGGAGGCUAUUUUUUUUUACACAAGGGACAGCGUGAGGACAGUAAAAUGUGAGACAAUGCAAAUGAUGAUUAUUUAAACCAAAUAGCGCAAUAACACAUUUACAGUGUCCCUAAAAAAAGAAAAUAUAAUUGGUAUGUUUCUUAUUUAGCCUAGGCCUUCUUUCUUGUGGCAUGCAAUUCAUUAUUAAUGUAGCCUAUGCAGUGGCUUGCAAUUUUACAGUAGCCUAUUUAAACCAUAGCCCUACAAUGUCGAUUAUUCAAAUAAGCAUAAUAUAUAACCAUGUCAAUAUAAUUUAGAACUAGGCCUAUUAUUGUAAUAGAAUAUCAGAUUACAGUUGGUAUAAAUAGCCUAUAAAGAUAAUAGCCCAGUACAUUUGAUAUUAAGACUUCAGGGAACUGAUAAUCCCAGGCCAGUGUUUAGAUUUGUAAACACUGUGUGUCAACAAAGAUCUGGAACAAUAGGAAAAACUGACCAUAAUCAUAGCUAUAGUUUAGGGAUGUGUAGGCUAUCUUGUAGCAACAAUAAUCAGAUUAAUGUUGCAAUAAACAUUGUAACCAAUGUUUAACUUGUUAAUUUAAGCCAAAGAACUGAAGCACUUUUAUUUGCUAGAUUUAAAUGUAAAAAAAAAAAUGUAAAAAAAGAAGAAGUGUAUAUUGGCUGCAGUGAUCUUUUUAAGGGAGGCUUUUAAAUAGGCCUACUGUAUAUUAGAUUAGCACUCUUAGCCUUUAUUGUGUAUUCUACUUGUUCUCUAGUAAGUCUCUCCUUGGCCUAUUGGCCUUAUCUUUGCACUUUAUUGAAUUGAAAUUAUCAAGCUCCAGAGUUUUCCUAAAACACUUGAAUUUUAAACAAAUAUUCAUGGUAAUACUUGCAUGUAUCCUGCAUGAAAAAGCAUAUCAAAACAGUAGCCUAUGUAACAUAAUUAAUUCAUUAAUGCAAAAGUCUUUGAUAAAAAGAUUGUUUCCAUUUAAAGAGAAGUGCAUGGCACUAAGAGCAUGGCGCCUGCAACGCCAAGAUGGUGGGUUCUAUUCCCGGGAGCACCCGUGAGUAAAAUGUCAUUUCGGAGGAAGCAACUUCAGUCCCUACGAUUUCUUACUUUGCUCAAACAACGUCUUUCUGGAUAACAUCUCAAACGAAUAUCUUACUCUCAAGUGUUCAAAGACACUGUUGGGAUAUUUUUUGAUACCUUUUGAGGCUUCUCGGCCCUAGGAUCUGUACUAACGUUGCUACAUUACACUUGAGGACAUGUCUGCUGUGCGGCUGCUGCUCCUGUCUCUGCUUUGUUCCCACUUUGUGUCCCUGUGCCAUGGGGCCUGUUCAGAGGUGGACUCGGACACUGAGGCCGUUGCAGGCAAAGGGUUCAAACUGGGCUGCAUCUCCUGUAAAAUGAGGCCCGAGGUGGAAGCUUCUGCCACAGUCGACUGGUAUUUCAAGGCCAAAGGGGAAGCUGACUUUGCACAUAUAUAUAAUUACAAUGAGGGCCCCCACAUUGUGGAUGAGCGCUUCGAGGACCGCGUGGACUGGAACGGCAGUAAGAGGAGCCAAGACAUACAGGAUGCGUCCAUCUACCUCUUCAAUGUCACCUUUAACGACUCAGGCACCUACAGUUGCCACUUCCACCGGCUCCUGACGUACGAGUUCUACGAAUACCAGACCGUUGUCAGCAAGCUUGUGCACCUGAAAGUGGUGGCUAAAGCCACCAGAGGGACGGCCUCCAUAGUCUCUGAGGUAAUGAUGUACGUGUCCAUCAUCGGGCUACAGGCUUGGCUCUACAUAGAGAUGGUAUACUGCUUCAGAAAGAUCUCAGCUGCAGGAGAGGAAGCAAUACGAGAAAGCGCGAAUGCAGAAUAUUUAGCUAUAGCCUCGGAGAGUAAAGAUAACUGUGCAGGAGUGCAAGUGGCAGAAUAAACCAAGUAUAUCAUGAAAAAAAACUGUUAUCAGCAAGUAAAAGGAUAAGUAAACUCAAAGCAUAAACAAUGUAAAUGCAGUACAGUAGCCUACACAAUUCAAGUAUCGGAGUGAACAUUGCUAUGGGCACAGCCAAACAACGGACGUGAUGGAUUCGACUUCUGCUUUACAUCCCUACUGCAGCGAGCUGGAGUCAAGUAAACAAGUAUAAGUCAGUGCAAGUGUAUAAGUGUCAUUUAAUUUUUAUUUAAUUCAAGUUCGCUAAUGUUAGCUAGACCUACUAGUAGGCUACUUCUGUUGUGGUAGAGUUAACUAAGGCCCGGGCCAUCCACCAAGCCAAUAACUCUUACGAUAACUAUAAUAAUAAACUAUAGGCUACAUACCUAUAAAACGUUGGUGAGCUUCCACCCUAGAGGAAAGUUUAUAGUUUAUCGUUCUAAAGUCCUACACCUGUUAAUCAACUGAUCAAAGCAUCCUACUGCAGGCUGCCUAUUAAUAAGGUGGUAGUAACACAAGACCAUUCAUGAGGUCUCUAACGCACAGAGAGGCUACUGGUUCAGAGUGACCAUUCAGUGCUUUCAGGGUGUGUUCAUUGUGAACUGCAAAUAAUAGGCUACUUCAAUGUACAUGUAGGCAUAAUGAAAAAUGAUAUAGUAAAUUGUAUUUAAAUUUAGUGAUUCAACAACAAACGCCAUUAAGCCUGCACAUAUUUUACUGCAUGCCAUUGCCUUUUUGCUCAAGUGGUUUGCAAGUGAUUUCCAUUUUCCUAAAGGUUGUCAAUUUCUUUGGGUCUUCUUUUUCACUGUGCUCAUCUCCGUCUGUCCUGUGCAACUAUUUGCAAUGCUUCAGUGCAACAGUGUUAUCAUAACUGGCCAAAAGUGAUCACACCAAUGCACUUUCCCACCUCAACUUUCCUCGACAUGCAUAUUCUAUGCUGCUGUAGGCCUGUUUUACAUUCAGCAAUUAGCAAGAGCAAGCCUGCUUCUUUCCCCAAAUAGGCUAUUAGGCCUAAUAUAAAAAGGUAAUCAAAAUAGCUAUAGCUUUUGUAGCCUAUAGCUUUCACUGGGAUUUCUCGUGAAGAGUAAUGUCCUAUUUCGGAGAGGCUUGCAGCAUAUAGCCUGUUGCGCACCGGAACAGCUGGAAGAGAGAGGCUAGUGAUAUGUAGCCGAAAUAAGAAGCUAAAUAUUAGCUAGAUAUUAGGCCAUUCACUAGCAAAAUAUUAAACUAUAGGCUAAAUAUUGUUCUCAAGUGAAUACGCAAUUAUUGUCCCUGAAUAAUUUGAACCGCUCACACAUCCUGUUUUGUUUCAUGCCGAACUAACUGCAUAGGCCAACAGCAUAGGCCUGAUUAUACAACCAUUUGGAUCUCCUUUCCAGUUUAUGUCUAUCCUCAACAGUGUAGAAGGUCCAGAAAGGUACAUUAUCAGGCCACUCAUAUGGUGUAGACCUAUUUUGUCAGGAUGUAGCCCGGUGUUAAGAUAGGCCUAGGCAUACUAUAGGAAAAUAUGGACUUCUCCUUUCCAACCGCCCAUUAAUGCUGUAGCCUAUUUUACAUUCAGCAAGCAUGCAUCGCUCCACCAAUAGGCUUUUUGUAGGCUAAUGAAAAUAAGUUGAAAUACAUGUCCAACAAGCUUUUGGCUUUUACUGGGACUCCACGAGAUUUAAAAGGAAUAGCCAUGGCUGCGGAGAGGCCAGGUGCAUAAUUGCGCACCAGAACAAUGAAGACAGACAGGCUUGACAUGUAACCUAAAGCCUAAGUUAGAAGCGUAUGCAUAUUCAACCAUAAUUCAUAAGCUCAAUGUUAGGCUUAAUACUGCAGUAAAUAUAUCCAGUCAAAGGAAAAAAAGUUGAUCAUUAAAAUAAAUAAUAGGUAGCUUACACUAUGUGCGCGCUCCCGAGGCUGCGCUGAGCGUGCUCCCUCCCAGUCCUCAGGUAAGCAGCUCGAAAAUAUACCCUAUUGUUUAAGUUUUUUUGGGACAAGAAAUGUAUCCUACCUAGGCUACAACAACACAAUGUAAUGAAGAAUGUUAUUGUUUUCAAGUGAGUGCAAACUCUGGUCUAGGCUGUAAAUUGCAGAAUAGCCUGUCAUUUGUGGUCCUCUGUAGCUCAGCUGGUAGAGCACGGCGCUUGUAACGCCAGGGUAGUGGGUUCAAUCCCCGGGA